UCAGCCAAAACCCUCUUACUGCCCCAACUUACGUAUUUAACCCUUUCACCUUCCGUCUCCCUCUCGCAAGAGCACUCGACCUCUCGCGAAGCUCUCCAAUGGCGUCCGAUGCUUCAACCGCUCUCUCAGUUCGGGGGAAGGUACAGAAGUUUCUAGAAGCCGCUCGAGCCGGAAACCUAGACCUCUUCCAGAAGUUGGCGACGCAGUUGGAUGAGGGAGGGAAGGGGUUGGCGAGGACGGUGGCCGACGUAAAGGACGCGAACAAGAGGACGGCGCUUCACUUCGCAGCGCGGGAGGGGAGGACGGAGGUGUGCAAGUACUUGCUCGAGGAGCUGAAGCUCGAUAUCGAUCCCAAGGACGAUGAUGGGGAGACUCCUCUCAUUCAUGCUGUUCGACAAGGGCAUUUCGACACUGCAAAAUAUCUUCUUGAGCAAGGAGCUGAUCCUUCUGCUACAAGUUCUAUGGGUGCCACACCUCUACACCAUGCUGCCGGAAUAGGAAACAUAGAUCUGAUGAACCUUUUAUUAUCCAAGGGAGCUGAUGUGGAAUCACAAAGUGAUGCUGGUACUCCCCUGAUAUGGGCUGCCGGUCAUGGACAGCAAGAUGCUGUGAAACUUUUGCUAGAUCACCAUGCGAACCCAAAUGCUGAAACUGAUGACGGCAUUACUCCAUUGUUGUCAGCUGUGGCAGCCGGAUCACUUCAAUGCUUGGAACUUUUAAUCCAGGCAGGUGCCAAUCCGAAUAUAACUGCUGGUGGAGCGACUCCACUGCAUGUAGCUGCUGAUAACGGAAGCAUAAAAAUUAUAAAAUGCUUAUUGAAAGCUGGAGGAGAUCCUAACAGUUGUGAUGAGGAUGGAUUGAAGCCUAUACAGGUUGCUGCAUUGAGAGGUAAUCGUGAUGCAGUUGAAGUUCUUCUUCCCUUAACAUCUCCUGUUCCAAGUAUAUCAAACUGGAGUGUUGAUGGAGUAAUUGAAUACAUGAUGUCCCAGACCAGCAAGGAGCAGGGUAACAUGAAGGAAAGAUGUUUGUCCGAAGGUACUAAUCUGCAGAAGCUAAAAAGUGUUGAGGUGUCACCUGAGGCAAAAAGUAGAGCUUUGGAAGCCAAGUCAAGGGGUGAUGAUGCCUUCAAAAGUAAAGACUAUCAAAUGGCCAUAGAUGCUUAUACACAGGCUAUUGAGCUGGACCCAAGUGAGGCCACGUUUUUGUCAAAUAGAAGCCUUUGCUGGAUACGUCUAGGGCAAGGCGAGCAAGCCUUAGCUGACGCCAAAGCUUGUAGAGAGCUGAGGCCAGAUUGGCCUAAAGCUUGCUAUAGAGAAGGCGCAGCUCUGCGCCUGUUACAGAGGUUUGAUGAAGCGGCUAAUGCCUUCUACGAGGGCGUAAAGCUUGACCCUGAGAACAAGGAGCUUGUAGCUGCUUUCAGGGAAGCUGUUGACGCCGGAAGAAGAUUUCAUGGCACAGAUCAACCAAAACAAUAAGAAAUGCCGUUCUCGUUUGGGAUUUGGUAUGGAGACUCCAACAAAAUAUGCUCUCUUUGAAUUCAACAUAUCGACAAGUAUCAUUGGUCAUCUUGCUCCCUUUCGAGUUACAUCUUUGUUUUCCUCAAAUGGUUUUUGAGGAAUUACUGUAAAAUUUAGUGAUCUUCAAGGGUCUUUUUCUUUCUCUUUAAAUUAUUCAACCUUCAGGAUACAAAUUACUUGUAGUAGGAUGUUUUGAGUAUUUAAUAGAGCAGAGUUGGUCACGCAACUGUUGCGACAAGGGGGAAAGUCUCGGAUUCGUUUGCUAGAAAACAAAUGUCCUUUUUUUUUUUUACCCGUUUGUUUCUUAUCAUCACCUAAGCACUUAGUCGGCUCGCUUUUUAAGCUGCUGCAGCUAAUAAUUUUAUGCAUCGUGAAUUUGCAUCUAGUUGGAUUUAA